UUAGCUUCCGCUUGGCCUCUUCCCACUACUUUCCCACUCGAAGAUGGUUUCCCCAAUCCUAACCCUGAUCAACUAGCUCAGAUCGAACAGCAAGCGUUCGGUACAUUAUCAAAUUCCACUCCUCCGGUUAAUAUCACCUCUGACUCCCUCGACAAUUUCCGUGUUAUCGCUUUCAACGAAAUUUUCGAGACGCUUUUCUUCGUUCAGCUGCUCCGAAAUAUCACGGACGGUAUCGACGGUUAUGAGAUUCCGGACGAUUGGGACAGUGAAUUCUUGAUCCGACAAAUCAACAUUACCGUCGCACAAGAGCAGCUUCACGCUUUGACGGCCAACGGCGCUCUUCAACACUUCGGAGCUGAUCCUAUUCAACCUUGCACGAAUUACAACUUCCCAGUGAGCAGCUUGUACGAGGCUAUCGACUUUGCGGCUACUUUCACUAGUGUCGUAUUAGGUACAUUGCAGGAUGUGAUAGUGAACUUUGCUCAGACGCCUGAACAAGCGGGUUUCACUGGUGCGAUUGCCUCUGUGAUUGGGCAGGAAGGUGAACAAGAGGGAUGGUAUCGCGUCCUCCUCGGGAAAAUCCCCAACGAACUUCCUUUCCUCACCCGAUCCACUCGCGAGCUCGCUUUCUCUAUUCUCCAAACUUUCGUCGACCCCGCUUCAUGCCCUAACAUCGGAGAUAUCCAACUCAAAACUCUCAAACCCCUCACCCUCCUGAACCCACCCAAUGCGACAGACUCCACCAUCUACCUCUCCGUAGCCACGACGGAUCUCAACUCGACCGCUCCACUCAACGCCGUUUACAUCAACCAACAAAACGUUCCUGUGGUCGUUCCCACCACCAACAGCACGCAAGAUGGUCAGACUAUCUUCGCCGCCGAGUUCCCCUAUGUCGCACACGAGCUCAACGGUUUGACUUUGAUCCUUCUCACUGAUUCAGAAGGACCAUUCGCCAGCGCGGAGGAUGCGACUGCCGCGUCGAACAUCGGACCGGCUAUCGCGAUUAUCAACUGA